UUUUGCCCUCAGGCAAGUGCCCAUCCAGUGCCAUGUGAAGAGGGCAGCUAUGGUGCCCACUUUGCUCUCCAAAGUAGCUCAGAAUGCUCUGCAUGUCCAGGUGGAAGAUUCUGCAGAGGAACUGGCUUGAUGGAGCCAACAGGACACUGUGAGCCUGGCUUCUACUGCACAGAGGGGACAGUCUCAGCGGUAUGAUAAUGGGCAAGACUGUGUCCGCUUUCCUUGGUUCCCCCUAUUGGUCUACCUCAUGCAUAUUUGUCUUCCUGCAGACCCCAGUGGAUGGAGUUUGUCCAGUUGGAAGCUAUUGUCCUCUUGGUUCAGCCUUCCCUCUCCCCUGCCCACCUGGUACUUUCAGUAAUGCUACAGGGCUUGACCAGCCUCAUCUCUGUGUAGCGUGCCCCCCAGGGCUGUACUGCUCCGGGUCAAACAACUCCUCUCCCACAGGUCCCUGCUCCCCUGGCUAUUUCUGCAGUACUGGAGCCUCAACACCAGACCAGCAUGAGGUUGCAGUGGGCCAUUAUUCUCUACAAGGGGCAUUCAGGCCUGAGUCAUGCCCUUUUGGCACCUUUCAGCCUGCUGUGGGACAAUCACUCUGCCUGGACUGUCUAAGAGGUCAUUUCUGUAACCAGACUGGUUUGGGCCAUUCACUGCCUUGUCCUCCUGGCCACUACUGCCCUUCUGGGAGCAUUCUGCCAACGGCAUGCCCAGCGGGAUCUUACUCUUCUGUGAAGGCCGCCGAAGCAGCUGACUGGUGCCGGCUCUGUGACACCGGAAUGUUCUGUGACCGAGCUGGACUGACCGCUCCCAGCGGCUAUUGCCAGCCUGGCUUCUACUGUAGUGGAGCUGCCGACACCCCAAAGCCUAAUGCUAUGGCUGAGCCGUUCUCAAGAAAUAAACAGAAGCUUGAGACUGGGAAACAGGGUAACAAGGUUGAAGUUCGAGGUGGGAGUCAUUACCAGGAGGACAAGAGUACAACAAAGAAGAUAACUGUUAAGCAAACCCAUAAAAGGAAAGGACACACAAGACAAUCAAAACCAAAAAAUUAG